AGCGUUCUAUUUCUCAUAGAUGAGCAGCUGCUAGGCAGGACUGUCUUGAAAGCAGAGAGACAGUGAGAGAGACCAUUUGGUGACUGAAUGUGAGCGAGUGAGCGAGGGAGAGAGAGAGAGAGACGCACACACUCAGCGUGAGCUUGUGGUUUAAGCAGACACUAGCCGUGCGUUUAGGGAAACCCACAGUCUCAGCUCCCUGGGAUAAAGGAGUGUUGUUUCUGGCCCUGCUCUUUUCCCCCUUUUAUUCUGUUUUGUUUUAUUCCCUCCAUCCUUUCUCUUCUUCCUUUUGCCUGCGGAAAGAGCUGGACCGCUGUUACAUCCCUGAAACACGCCGAGCCGAGAGAGAGGCUAGCGCGAUACCUAGGUGAUGCUGUACCGGCAUCCGUUGCAGCCGGCUGGGUGCGGAAGAAGAAAAAGCGAGGGAUUGGAGGAGAGAGGGAAAGGGGUGUUCUACUUUCUCAACCCCACGAUCGGUCAACUGGGGCUCGUCCUCUUUCACUGCAGCACAUGGCAGCCUAUACACACACACACUGACACGCAAACACACAAUACUCCAGUAGCAUUACACGUCCUGUAAAACUAACCGUCUGCUUUAGUGAAGCUAAUUAACGCACCUAUUAGCCUAAUCAAUACACAUCCUCUCACAUUAACUGAGGCCAGUGGUGCAUAAGGAGGCGUUAUGGGCAAAUAGUCAGGGGCGCUUUUAUAGGCGCACUGUAUGAGUGUUUUCUUUCCCUUUAAGCGAAGUGACAGCUUGAUCUUCAUAGAAAUUAUAUUUUAUUCCCCGGUGACAUUUGCACAGGCAUUCAGUGCAAACCAGAAACCACACAGGGCUAAUUAGGUUGCAUGCGGUUGUAUGUGUGCAUGCUUGUGCAUUGUUGUAGCUAAAAACAUGUAGCAUGUGAAGGGCUGAGAGAAAUGAAUGAAACCAUGAAUGGAGAGACGAACCACUCCUUUUUUCGAUCCUCGCUCGCUCUCGUGUACUUGGGAGAGGAAAUUCACACCUGAGGGGGAGAGAUGUGGAUGUAUGAAUGAAGCCCUAAAAUAUGGAGUCUGGUCAUACAUGUCAGGAUAUGAAUGCUUUUGGUUGCCAGACCCCUGACACGUCGGGAAAAAAUCUGCCUAGGUGGCUACAAAAUCGGACAUUUACUACUAAUGAAUUUGCGAGGGUGGUGAGCUUUCGUUUUUAGUCAUUAUAUAAAAUCACUGUUCCUGGCACAAGUACACAAGACUCUAAGCGUAUAUUAAAAAGAACUUGAAUCACACCAAAUCUGAUGUGUAACCUACUCAAAAUUAAUGCAAAUAAAUGCAGCUGACAGUAAAUAUAUGAAUAUAUAUAUAUUUUAUUACUACUAGAAAUUUUUAAACAAAAAAGUUUUGAAUUUGACCAUCAAAUUAUUAUAUACCUCAUUAGUUGGUGUCAGUACCAAAUACUCAUCAGUUUAUCACAAAUAUAUGCUUUACCUUUAUAUAUAAUCAAUCUGAGGCUGAAAAUGUAUUUACUUGUCUGUUGCUAGGACACUCCCUUUGAACAUUUUAUACGAGGCCUCUGAUUGGCUGCAGCCAAUGAUGCAAGUUUCUCACCCCAAAUCUUUCCCCUUCGCCCAUGGAAACAUGCCUGUCUGCAUUUCUUCCUUUCCAUCUCUCUACCUCCAUGUCACAGACUGUCUGAACCUCGUCUCCAUCAUGCAUCUCUCUAUCUCUUCUUUGUUACAAUCAGAUUAGAUGGAUAGCGCCGACCGGUUUCUCUUUGUCAUCUUCCUAUUUCAGAUGAAUUGUAUAAAAAAAUCUACUGGCAGUAAGAAAGAAAAACCAAUAAAGCUUAAUACAGUAGCUGUUCAUUCUCAGCGUUCUGCUCUCUGCUGAUUUGUGAUUUCUGGUUCUGUGCUGGUGGCAGUGACUCUGACCCCCACCUUCCACAUGAGCAUUAUAUAUGUGCUGUACUGUAAGUGGGUCAGGGUAGAGAGGGUGGCAUGUCAUGUGUGUCUCAGGGAAGUGGCCUGAAGCUGGACAGUCAUAGAGCGUGGGAAUCAGGAGAGGAGAGGGCUGAAAUGUCUUUGCUAACCUUGGGACAAGCUUUCACCAUCACUGCUGCAGCUUGACCCAUACGUGCAUUAUAAUACAUAUGCAUCAAGCUCGAGGGCUGAAUAAUGUGCAGAACACCAAGAACUUUCUUUUGUGGUACUUAAAGGGGCAGUUCACCCAAAAAUUAAAAUUCUGAUGUCAUUUAUAUAGUUUACCCUCAUGUCACUCCCAGGGGCGUUUCUAGCGUUUCAUCAGUACUGUGGCAUAGGCCCCCAUAUUUUUGGAUACAAAUGGAUAUAAAUUGUCUAUACCUGCAGUACAGAGUCAUUCACAAACUGCACGCGCAAUAAAGAGCUGCUUCGUCAAACAAUACAUUUGCGAGUUUUGCUUUCUACAAUGGAAAACAAAAAAAAUAUUUGAGUAAAUGAAUGAAUUAAAAUGAAUCACAAACAAUUUCAGACCUUUUUGCAAACUUGCUUGACCAAUUUGAUCAACAGAGUGAAUCAUUUGCGAAUCUGGCAUUACUAGUUCUGAUUCUAAAUCGCUAAACACUAUUAUAAUAUCAUAAGAAAAAUUAUUCUCAGGUCAGUAUACAAUAAUCUUCAUUGACAUGUAAAGAUUUAUUAAUAUUUUACAGCAGUACUUUAAAAGGGUGUAGUGAUGCCCCAAGUUGCUUCAAAUUUUCAUAACAUUUUAUCUUCUGCAAAACACAAGAGAAGAUAUUUUCAAAAACGUUGGAGCUCAGACAACCAUUGACAUUCAUUUUAUGGACGAAAACACAUUUUUCUAAAUAUUUUCUUUGUGUAUAUGAAAUAAAUGGCUUAAAAGGAACACCUUGCUGUGCGAUCUUCAGCUUGGUGCCGUUUAUCUCCACGAGACUGCUGACAUCUUUUAUAAGAGGCGUAAUGGAUUAAAUUUGAAACCUCAGUAAAACGCAAGGCUAAUUUUAAACGACCUGAUAAUACAAAUUAAUCAAAUCUAACCAAAUCCAGUCAACUGAUAACCUGUGUGCUAUGAAAUUGCUGGAUUAAUGUCUACACCACUAACUUAAGUUCAAAAGACAUUGCAAAUCAAAAGAUGAGGGAUUACAGAGCCAUUGUAAAGUGUAAAGACACACAUACUACUUUUAAUAGCAUGUCUGAUCCCCUCUUAAAAUCCCACUAUGCUUUCACUUUAAUGACUUACAGGAAUAAUAUCACAAAUUUUGCCAAUGGAUCUUAUGGCAUAUUAAUGAAGUUUCAAAAGGAAGCUUAAAAAUUUGUCUCGCUAAACGAGGUCAGGCUUUUUAUCAAACUUUUUUUUAACGUGUAUAAUUAAUUGAACGAAUUUGCAACUUCAUUUACCCUCAAUGUGUUUAACUGUAAGGAACGUAAUUGUGAUUGAUUUUGCCAUUUUCACGAUCAGUGUCUCGCUUCAAGUGCGUUUUAGCACUGAUCCUUCAAAUAAAUUAAACUCCAUUUUCUUACGUACAUACAAGAAGUAGCUACACAAUAUGUACAUCGCUCAAAACGGCUGUCACAGGAAAUGGUUACAGAUACUUAGGUCACGGUGACCUGUGUCCACAUUUUGAUUUCCUACAGGCCUGAGGCGAGAGCAACGGCUGAGACAGCGCUAUGUGAGACGGUAUGCCUAUCUGCAUCCAUAGCAUGUAGAGGCCAGACACUUUACACUGCUGCAGACUCACAGAUCUCUUUCAGAAGGGCAUGAUGUGUCUAGAUGACAGUGGAUAGUCUCUGAGACCAUUUUAUGCUUUUGCAUGCAUUUUAUGAUCAGUGUAUCACCACAUUCGGAAAUAUGAGAGAAUUGCAGAGGUACUGUAUGUCCAAAACCGUCAAAAUGUCCUUUGCCCGAAGAAUUGAAAGUGGAACAAUCUGAAAUAAUUCAUCUUCAACUAUGUAGCUUCAGAAUGGCAAAAAUGACUGUUUUCAGACAGGUUUUCCCAAAAGGUUCUAUUGGGACAUUGAGAACCAGACCAGUAGGAUAAAAACAAGACUGAGACUUUUUAUUUGGCAGACAGGCUCUGUGGAGCAGAGGGAAAGUGAGUGAUGGUGGAGCUGAUACCCAGGUUCUCAUCUCCUCUUAUCUGUCUAUUUGCCCUGCAAAAUCAGACCAGCGAGAGCAGGAAAGUUGCUGCCAAACUUCCAAUCAGAAGCUUGAGGAGCAAGUUAACACAAAUACAAAUAUCCUCGCUCCAAAGACACAAGUUUUUAAACUGGGUCAUGUUGAAAUUUCCAUUAGUUAUGGGUAUCAAAAGCCUCCUCGUGAUUGAGCUGUGCAUCCAACCACACUCUUUUUUGGUGUCAAUUUUUCUGUCACUUAGUAAAAGGCAAAUAAAACAUGCACAGAGUACAUCGCAUGCCCUCACUUUUGAAAAAACAUGAACAAAACUACCCAAGAUCAAAAGUAUAUGACCUAGAUGGCAUUAAGGUUCACUUGGAAUCAGGAAAAAUAUUUCUUUUGUGCAAUAAAUUUGGCUUAAUAAAAAUCACUUAAUUAAUACAAGGAAUAGGCAACAUAUUAACAAUAAAUAUCAAUGCUUGACUUUAAGUACAUUUUUGUAUAGUGUUACAUUAUUAAAAAAAAUUUUGGCAAGGCAAUUUUAUUUACAUAGCAAAUUUCGGUAAUACUUUUGUUAAUUACACUAUAGUUUACAUGAACUAACAAUGAAAAAUACUUAUAACGCAUUUAUUAAUCUUACCUGUAGUUAAUAUUUAUUUCAACAUUUACGAAUACAUGAUUAAAAUCAAAAGUUAUGUCUGCAGAUAUAAACAUAGUUAUAUUGUUAUAUUAUUUAAUCGGCCUGAGCUAUAUUUUUAACUUACAUUAAUAAAGAUUAGUAAACACUGCAACAAAUGUAUUGCUCGUGGUUAUUGUUAAUUACCGCAUUAACCAUUAAUGUUAAUUAAUGGGGUCUUAUUGUAAAAAAAAAAACAUUACCCAAAUUUUGUACACAGUGGUGUAUGAAAAUUAUGAAUAAAUAAAAUAACUCACUAAUUAAUAUAAUAAUAAUAAUUAUGAUCAUAAUGUGAAGAGUGCAUCUGCAAGCAAAGUCAUCUGAGAAUCACUACUUUAGGAUUCGUAUUUAUUCUGUUUUGAAUAUUGCAAAAACCUUUUGAUGAGAUGAUAUAAUCCUGAUAUAAGGACCCACAUAGCUGGUAACUAUCAUAUGUUUUUUGGAUGCUGGUCCUCAGGACGAGAUGCUAGUGUGCUGAUAUCCCAGCAAGACUUCUUCAGUCCACCAGUUAGACCGACCAGCAUAACAGCUUGGAGCACUGGAAAUUCAUGUUGGUCUUUCCAGAACAAGACAUCAGACAAACAUGUGUGAUUUGAGCAUUAUUCCAAGGAGAUUGCAAGUGUUCUUGCUAUAUUUAGCACCUGGUUUUGCUCCCUGACCUUGAGCAGGUGUGUUCCACACGGGGAGUGAGAAAGCCAGAGAAAUGGGUGAAACAGACACAAACUGGCAGGUAGACCUUAGUGCAAUAUGGUUUGCUUGAUGACCUUUCAGAAUGGCUCAUUCACACCAAUGGCUGUAGCGUCUUUUGUUUUCCCAUCAGAAAGGGGGGAAGACGGCAAUACCACAAUACAUGGGGCACAUGCCUUUAUGCAAAUGGUCACUCUCUUAAUGAUGCUUUUUGUGUUUUGCUGACAAAACUGCUACUAAACACAUCAUAUACUCUCAGGGGAUGCUUUGGUUUUUAAAAACAAGAGAUAAAAAUGAGCCUGAGGGUAGAAUUUGGCUAUUAUGGAUCUGGAUAUUGCUGUUGUAUUUCUAUUAAGGAGAUAAUGAAGCAAAACAGUGGAAUCAAAAAUCCAUUUAUCCAUUCCUGACAGUUCGUUUGAUGUUUGCUCAUUGUUUUGCAUUGUGUUUUGCUAAUAAGGUCCUUAAAAUAUAAUUCAUUGGAAAAAUCCAAAAUCUAAAGCUUCAUUUUGUGCUACAAUUAAUUCCACUCAUGAGCAAAACAAUAAGAGAUUCUCUGCGAUCAAGACUUUUGUCUCCUGUCAGCCCUUGAGCAAAGGCACACAAUGCUAAUUUGCAAUUGCCCUGCGCGCUAUUCUCUGGUCUCAGCCUUUUUUCUUCCAGCGCCGUGGAUGGAGAGAGCAUGGGGGAGGGGUGGCGGUGGAGAAUUGUUCCCUUCUUUCUCUCUCCUCUUCCUGCGCUAGCAUGUUUUGCUAUUCUCUGGUAUUGGUGUAGGUGACAAGGGGCCAAUGAUGGCUGAGCGUCUCAACCCUGUCAGCUGUAGCAUUGGAUUUCCAUUCAUUCGCUUCAUCCGCCGCUGACGCUGCCAUCUCCCAUCAAGCCCAGAGGCGAGCCCACUGUCAAUACCCAUUUCUCUUUGAGGACCUGCCAUGCUAGGCUAAUGCUAUCUCCACACACUGUAGAAGCUAUAAUGAUGCUCAUUAAAAAAGUUGGACAUGUCACAGACAGGAAGCGAGAGGGAUAGGGGGAGUGAAAAAGAAAGGAGAAAUCAUCACAAUUAUUGUUCCAUGACUUCCCUUGCGAAAUAGAGGUACACUUAAGCAUGCAACGCAUUUAAUAGGAUGCUUUUGGACACUUACUUGUAUGUUUACUGUAAUUAAAUGAACAUUUCAGUAACACUUUAGUAUAGGGACCAAUUCUCACUAUUAAUUGCUUAGCAUGCCUGUUAUUAACAUAUUGGCUGUAUAUUAGUAAAGCACAUAUUCUGCAUAACCAUAUUCUACAUCCCUAAUCCUACCUUACUAACUAUUAAUAAGCAGCAAAUUAGUAGUUUACUGAGGCUGAAGUCAUAGUUAAUGGUUUCUUAAUGGUGAGAACUGGACCUUAAAAUAAAGUGUGUCCAAAAUUUCUUACCGUUUAAAUGCAAAUUAUAUUAAAUGCAAUUAGCCUUAGAAUGUUUUUCUCACCCACUCUAGGAGGACUGAAGUACAUGUUUAUAUGUAAUUUCAUAAUUGUACCGUAUUUAAAAUAUGUUAAUGUUUACUGUUGAAUGUACUGACAAGGAUUUAUGGUAAACUAAAAUAUACUUAAUUGCCAUUUCUAUUGAAACUUGUAUAUUGUUUAUUUAAAUAUAUUUUUAAUUACACAUUUGAAAUGAUUAAGUUGCAAUUAAGUACAUUUUAAUAUAUUAACUUUAAAUUGUAAUAUUGACUAGCAGCGAUAUAAUCAAAUAGUUAACAUGGGCUUUAGUAUGUUAGUCAACAAAUCAAAUUAAAUGUAGUAAUGUACUUCACAAUGUACAUCAAAGUAACACUUUUAAAUUGACUUUAUUACAAAAGUCUACCCCUUUUUCACAAGGGUUUCUCUGCCUGAGAAUAAAGAGUUUAAGAAAACUUGACAAUAAAACUGAAAAAGCUUUUUGCUCUUUGUUCAUUUCUUUCCACUAUCCAUAUACACUUUCAUUAUUCUUAUAAAUAUAAAAGUGCUUUCAAAACAUGUUUGUAUGUUUUAAGUAUAUUAAGGAGCCAUUUUUUUUGAUAAACACCAUACCCAUAUAAUACCUUUAUGAAUUAAAAUCAUAAAUAAAAGACGCCUCCUUCUAAAGGCACAUUCCGAUCAAACGGGUGCCUCAUUCAAUGUUAAUAAUGUGUUGGCUUGGAGGCUUUUACUGUAGUUUGACUCUAAUUUGCAAACAGUAUUUUCACAUACUUAAAACCUAUUCACAUUAAGCCUGAAUGUUCCUUGUGAUAAUAUUUUGAAUAGAAAAAUUGGACCUAUUCAUCAAUUUACAUUUAUUCAUUUGGUAGAUGCUUUUAUUCAAAGAGACUUAAAAAUGUGGAACAUCAGAAGCAAUUUAUAGAGCCUACAAUAUUUGCAGAACACAAUGCUCGACCAAUGUGCUUUUUAUGUACAAUUUAUGUGCAUAAAUUGCAUCUUUUUGUAUACAACAGCUUGUCACUGCAGCAGUACCCUUAAAGGGGCAAUGUUGUGUCUUAUUUAAUCCUCAUAGUAGUUCCUCAAGAUUACAUCUUACCCUUAAGUACUAAAAUGCACAUUUAAAGUGUAGAUAAGGUACAAAGUUGUACUACCCCAGUGGCUCAGUUUGUUUAAAACUCAACAAUAAAUGAGAUUUCAGUUUUUCUGGUCAUGUUUCAUGAGCUGCUCUGUUGGUGACUCUAAAACAGAGGUGUAUUUUCUUUAAAAAAGUGCUCUUUUAAACAGCAUAGAAUCUAUUCUCACUAAUUUCGGCGUUAGUGCAAAUUGAACUAUAAACGGGCUUUAAACGGGCCUUCUUUAAAGGGUGAAUGCGGAAGAGAACAUCUGUUCUAGUUUCUCGGAGAGCUCUUUAUUGUAAUGCAAGUCCUUUAGAUAAAGUCCUUUUGAAGUGACUGUGUCCUGCCUCAGCAUUGUUAGGAUGUUGCUGCCAAAGGUCAAAGUUCAUUAAGAAAUGCUCGACUUUGUGUUUUGUUCACUGUGACAUGAACAUCAGUCAGAACUAUAUUGUACAAAUCAUUACAUCUUUAUCCUUUGACAUUUAAACACUCUUUUUCUUCUGGGGGUGGACGGGCUUGAUCUAUGCACUAGGUAUGCUCUCAAAGACAUUUCUUGGUCCCUGGUGACCCUGUCCUCUGCACAGUCAAUAAGUCUGAAGUCUCUUAACGCUGCAGUGAACUCAAUUGCAGGUCAUAUUCUGCUGGACUAUACUGAAACUCCACAGCAUGCAUCAACACUUUAAAUAUUGCUAGUGACCUUUGAAGAAAAACAUAUUGUUAUAUUCUACCAUUCAGGGGUGUAGUUUCGUGUUACAUGUCCCCAAUGUAUUCGACGCUCAUGCGUACCAUUUACAGACUAAUAAUAACUACUGGUUAUAGACUAAUGGUUAUACUGUAUCAGCAUUAAAUUAAUUCAAAUUGACAGUAAAGACAAUUUUAAGGUUACAAAAAAAUAUAUUUCAAAUAAAUGUCGUUCUUCUGAUUCACUCUUUUUAAUCCUGGUUUACACAAAAACAUGAAGCAGCACAACUGUUUUCAACACUGAUAAUAAUAAGAAAUGUCAGUAAAUCAGUAUAUUUGAAUGAUAUCUGAAGGAUCAUGUGACACUGAAGACUGCAGUAAUGAUGCUGAAAAUUCAGCUUUGCCAUUCACAGGAAUAAAUUACAAUGUAAAAUAUAUACUGAAAAAACAAACAAAACAGUUAUGGUAUGAUUGAGAAACUAUAACUGUUUUUAUUAAUAUUGUGAAUCAGUUUUUAAUUUUAGAUUUUAGUCAAUUUUUUAAAUAAUUUUUGUUGUGUGUUUUUGUCAUUUUUAGUUUAGAGACUAUAGAGAGUUUUUAUUAUUAUUAUUCAUUAUUAAUUUCAGUUUUAGUGCAUCAAGUUAAGCUAAAUUAAAAUGUUAAAAUAUAAAGUUUUUAAUAUUCUAUUUUAAGUAACAUUUUUAUUUUUAUUGUUUUAAUUUUAGUUACUACCUUAGCAUAUUACAGAAUAUUACUGUUUUUACUAUAUUUUUGAUCAAAUAAAUGCAGCCUUGGUGAGCAUAAGAGACUUCUUUCAGAAAGUAUUACCGACCCAAACAUUUGAACGGUAGUGUAAACAUUUUCAUAAUCAGUGUAUCUAAUUAUUUUAUUUUAAGUAAGUUUUAAGUAAUUUCAUUGGUAAAUGCAAUUACAUAUACAUUGUGUUUACAUUUUUUAUGUGAAAUGAACCUAAAUUGUAUCCUUAUUUGUCUCUGCACAGGCUGUGCAUUUUAACAUCUAAAAUGGACACACUUCAGUGGAACUACAGUAAAACUGAUCCUGAGCCAGUUUACAUCAUGUUAGUGUGGUAAAAGAUAACCAGAUGUUAUUCUAGGUCUUCUUCUUCUUAGCGUUUGCAUUGUGUGCUCAGCCACAGAACAACAUUUUGUUCAGCCAGGUGUAGAGGCUCGAGUCCGCCGUUGAAAUGAGUCAGCGGACACUCGCUGACAAUGGUUUCUGGUUCCCCACAGCUGCAGUUCGGAUUGGUGGCUUGAUAUUCUAGAUGAAGAAGGAUCAUAUCAGUCAUAAAGUCACUGCAGUGAGCAGAUCGCUUUGUGUGCUGCAUGAUGCUGCACACUGCCUCAGAUUUAUGAGGGACAUUGCCGCAUAAUGCAUUGAGCUAACUGUUAACAUGCCUCCUUAUUUUGAGGGUGAUACUGGGUGUGUGUGUGUGAUGAUAGAUUGGUGGCUGGCCGUGCCACUCAAGAAAUGAAUCAGAUUGUGACCUGCCGAAUGUAUCCCAUGAAUCCCUCCCCAGAGGUUUGUCACUAUAUUGUCUGCCUGACUGACUGCUUUAAAACAAGCCACUGUAUGUAAGCACAUCCAUAACCCAAUAUUAAGAUUUGUGAUCAAAUGAACAAAGACUCAUGUUUUGCUUAAAGAAAAUAAGUACUGCUAGCUUAUAGAACCAUUCUAUAUAUUUUAUUCAUUCUGACAAAUUUUUUUCAAAUUACUUUAGUCCUAUUAUUCUCAGUUUUUAAUGAGAAUUUUAAAAUAGGUGCUUCAGAGUUUGUAUGAUAUGUAUUUUUGCAUUAAUGAGUUGCACUAAUCUUGUUCUCAGAAAUAAUAAUAAAAUUUGUUUGUGCUUUUUUUUAAUUACAGUUAUGAGGAUUUGAUGAGGUUUGCAUAGUGGUCAUGAAAAUAAUGUCAUUAAUAGAAAGAAAAAAAAAUCCUAAAAGGCUUAUUUAUCUCUUUUUCAAAACAUGGAGAGAUUUUGGCAGGAAAAAUGCGAUGCCAUGUUUUUCGUAUUCUGAGCUUUUUUCUGAAAUAUGUUAAUCUGACCAUCUCUUUAUUUCUCGUUCUUUCUUUCAGGUAGUGGAGGCUGAUGCUGUGAUACUGCAGGGGAAACAUACAGGCUCUCAUUUGAUGCAGUGAAGUGCUCCGUGAGGAAAAUCGCAAGCAAAGGUUUGCCGGCCAUGGGGAACCUCAUUAAGGUCCUUGGCAAGGAUUUAGAGAACUGUCCUCAUUUUUUCCUGGAUUUUGAAAAUGCUCAGCCCACAGAGGCCGAAACAGCCGUGUGGAACCAGGUUAGUGCCGUGCUGGAAGAGGCCCAUGGGAUACUGGCGGAGUUACAAUCUUACAAUGGAGCAGGACAAGAAAUAAGAGAGGCGAUCCAGAACCCCAAUGACCUCCAGCUGCAGGAGAAAGCCUGGAAUGCAGUCUGCCCCCUAGUGGCCAAGCUCAAGAGAUUCUACGAAUUUUCUCUCAGGCUAGAGAACGCCCUGCGCAGUCUUUUGGAGGCCCUCACUAGCCCACCUUACGCUCCCAUGCAGCAUCUGGAGAGAGAGCAGGCCCUCGCCAAACAGUUCGCAGAGAUCCUGCACUUCACUCUCAGCUUUGAUGAGCUCAAGAUGACAAAUCCAGCCAUACAGAACGACUUUAGUUAUUAUAGGAGGACCAUCAGCAGGAAUCGGCUGAACAACCAGCAGUUAGAAGCUGAGAAUGAAGUGAAUAAUGAAAUGGCCAAUCGGAUGUCGCUCUUCUACGCUGAAGCCACACCCAUGCUCAAAACUCUGAGCAAUGCCACGACUAAGUUUGUGUCCGAGAACAAGACUUUGCCAAUUGAAGACACCACAGAUUGCCUGAGUACUAUGGCCUGCGUGUGCCGUGUCAUGUUGGAGACUCCGGAGUACCGGUGCCGUUUUACUAACACAGACACCAUGCUGUUCUGCAUGCGUGUGAUGGUGGGCGUCAUCAUCCUUUAUGACCAUGUUCAUCCAGUGGGUGCCUUUGCCAAGACCUCCAAGAUUGAUAUGAAGGGCUGCAUCAAGGUGUUGAAAGAACAGCCUUCAAACAGCGUAGAGGGACUGUUGAAUGCACUGAGGUAUACAACAAGACAUUUAAAUGAUGACAGCACCUCUAAACAAAUCAGGGCCCUGCUUCAAUGAGAGCAAGAAAGAGUGACCGCAGAGAAAGAGACUGACUGUCAGAGAACAAACGACGGUGGCUGGCAAACCUCUGAAACCUGUUUGUUUACAAGAGCAAAAUGCAACUUGAUCUCAAAUUAAAUAAGAUAUUCUAGAAAAGAGAAAGGAAUAUGAAAAUAAAUAUAUAUAUAUAUA